AUGUCCAGAGUACUUGGAGCUUUUUGCAAGUUCGGAUUAGGUUGUCGAAUUCAUAGGUUAGUACAAUUUCGUACAGCUGUAACAACAACACAUUCACAAGUACGCGAAACUCAAACACAAAAUCAUUCACAACAGCCACAUGAAUUAGAUCCGCUGAAACCGCCACAUAUCGACCACGAUAGAAUGAGAAUGCAUCCUAGAAUAGGUAAUCGUGAAAUUGUUGGCUAUGGUAUGAAAGGUAAUCCUGAUUACUUUGAUUUGGCAAUGUUUCCGUGUCCAAGUAUUCGUUGGGAAGUUGACACCCCAGAAGUGAAAAAAUUAAGAGAAAAAGAACAAGGCGAUUGGCAUAGUUUAACAAUUGAAGAGAAGAAAAAACUUUAUCGUUCUAGUUUUCGUCAAACAUUUGAAGAAUUUACGCAACCUGAAGGUUUAUGGAAAUGGUCCAUUGGAAUGGCAUUAAUUGGAUUGUCUGCGCUUACGUUGGUCUACGAUGGAUACCGGCGCUUAGUAUACACGUUCGAUCCACCCGAUAGUACAUCAGAUGAAAAGUUAAAAAAACAGUUAGAAUAUCAUAUAGCUGCACGUCAAGGCCCACAAACUGGCUUAGCAUCUGAAUGGGAUUAUGAAGUUGAUAAUUACAAAGAAGAAUUGUAUAUCCGUCCAUUACAGAGCGGUCAUACUUAUUUUCAAUUUUUAUUCACAACCGUCGUUGACAAUGAUAUCAUAGAGAAUAAUAUCGUCCAUCAUUAUAAUUUAUUUCCAAAGUCGAUUGCUGAUCUAAUUCGACUGAAUUCUAUCGAUGAAUUUCACAUAUCGCUAACACAAGGUUUGUGGAGAUACAAACAGUGGAAUUUUCCCAUUGUAAGUGCACCACCCGGUGCUGAAGUGUGGGCAUGGUUUAAACCACAAACAACAAUAACAAAACCAAAAAAGUAUGUAAAGUUUAAAUAGAUUCUAAAUAAAGCGGAAGAUUUUUGUGCCAAGUCUGCCAGACUUAUUAGAUUAUUUAUUCCUCUAAAAUAAGUUAUAUGAGAACGACAUAAAUAUUUGGCUAAAUGUGAGAAAGCACAAAUUUGGCACAUACAUAUGACGAUAUAGCAGUGGUCGAGAUUGUAUCUAAAACUCUACUCUAGCUCCCAACUAUUUGAAAGCUUUCACAAAACAAAAGACGAGAAAUGGUCUCUCUAAGAAUAUGGCUCAGUAGCUGCUUCACUUCAGAACUUGCUUAACUUCUAAAAUUUCUUCUGGUAAACUGUAGAGAGAAAUCUUUUACAAUUUUUUAUUACUCUCCUGACCAACAGCAUUCAUCCUGUAUCCUAAGCUUUUCGCAUGAUUUCCAACUUUCUAACAAAAACUUACAUACAGGAAGGUGGAGAAUUUUCUACGCUCCAAAAUGAGCUAUAAACAGCUUUUCAAAAACAUGUCCGUGUCUAUCAAAAUCAAACUUUCCUCAAAUGCUUUAGAGAUAGAUUUUAGAGUUAUCCGUGAUCAGCUUAAGAAACGCAUAUAGUCCAUGCAGCUUGAAACAAUUGAGAAAACAGUUUUUUAGAAACCCUUUUGGAGACUGUAAAAACCCUCUAGAAAAAUUUCUAGAAACUUAGUUGCAGAAACUGAUAUUAUCAUCACGCGGAUAUGGUUCUGACAGAAAAAAGUGAGAAUGACUUUAUAUGGAAAAUUUUGAGCUUGUUUAUAGCUUAUUUUGAAGCGUUGAAAAUUCUCUAUCUUCUUGUAUGUAAGUUUUUGUUAGAAGAUUGGAAAUCGUGCGAAAUGCUUAGGAUACAGAUUGAAUGCUGUUGGUGAGAACAGUAACGAAAAAGUGUAACAGAUUUCUCGAGAUUCUGGUCCUUCUCGGAUUUCAGUUUUGAUAUAUGCUUAUUUAGUUCAUUGGACCCUUGAUGGUAUGCUUGAUAAUAUUUUUUUAUGAAGUUUCAUUGUGGAGACACUGAUAUCUUUUCAAAUACUUGGCUCACGAAUUUUGUGCAUAGUUCUGAUCACUGCUGCAUGUGCAAAUGCCGACAUGAGCUAGUGCUCCCACUGCGACACUUCCUUUUCUUCAGUUUUUUGUUUUCUGUCAUCGAGUUGUUGCUGUUCUUCUUGAUUUCGUUGUUCAUGCCGUUGUCUACGGAUAUCUUCUUGAAUUUGCCUCUCGUGUUCUCAAUAAAUAUUAUCGCAUCUUGAAUCGCCACCAUCUUUUAUUAUUCUAAUGACUUAAAGGGUGGGCCAGAAGUCCUGACUCGAUUUGAACAAUAAAUUUUUCUAUAGUGAAACAAGUGGUUGUAAAUUUGUCUCUAUGAAGAAAAGAUGCAGUAAAAAACGCUCUACAAAAUGACGAUUGAUUGACCCCGUU